AGCCGCUAUAGACAGGUUUGAUCUGUAUAACCCUAACCCUAAACCUACAUCUUUGAGGAAGCCAAGCCUGUCUGCAAUAUUCGCUGGAGCAUGUGUUGAAUCGCCAGCCUUCAGUCCAAGAAGGAAGUGGAGGGUAGGCGUAUCCCAAGCAUCUUUAAGGUCCACCAUCUGUCUCCUGGAUGAUCAUAGAACUGGAGCAAUCAGACAGGCACCCGCUGCGCUUAACGGUUGAGGCUCAGCUCACAUGCUUCUGACGGUCUGAUACCAUCAACGUGCAAUCUAGAGGUCACACCAAACAGGACUGUGACCCUUUAGGAGAGAGGUCAAAGUUCAUUGAGAAGGAAGGUGCUUCAAAGAUCAGAGAGAGUUAAAGAAGAAGAAGAAGAGAAUAGAGAGGGAAGAGAAGGAGGUGGAGGGGGACUGUUACAGGCCCUUCUGCGACUGAUGUUGGGAAGAUAGACAGAUUUCAAGAUGGCGCAUGUUUUUGGGAUCACCAUUAUCUGCUUGUGUGCCCUCUUCUCCGUCUCCAGUGCAAUCUCAGCGGAAAUCCUAGAAAGCAGUCCGGUUCUCUUGGUGGGUAGCAGCCAUACAAUCCACUGCAUGGUGGACAUCAGCGGAACCAACCUGACCGCAGCCGACGUCAUCUGGAUCAAAGGCUUCAGUGAAGUCGUCGACUACCAUCGCCACAGCGUGCUCAACGACACCGUGGCCCAGCUCCACAUCGACGAUGCCCAGUUCGAGGACAAGGGCUACUACUACUGUGCCUUCCCCGAGGAUCAGUUUCAUGAGUUCAUAUCAGCGGCAUCUAAUGUUCACGUGGGAUGGCCCCCGGAGCCAGUAAACAAUUUGAGUUGUCACUCUACCAACAUCGUUGACUACUGGUGCAAUUGGGAGGACGGCCGACCCACAAACCUUAAGACGGUCGACACCAUGUACUAUGAGGGUUACAGCCCCUUUGCCGAGAACCAUCCCAUCUUACCCUGUCAUCCGGAACGGGAAAACAACUUUUGCAAAGUUACCGACGGCUCCCAAACUGAAAUAUAUGUCGUCAGCUCAAACCCCCUUGGCAAUGCCACGGCGCGUUUGGGUCUAGAGUUUGACCCGCACAGUGAAGUUCGCCCGAAUGCCCCAGAGAAUGUUGUAGCACAGGUCAGCGUGCGACGGAAGAUUGCCAUGUCAUGGGAAAAGCCUGCUGACUGGGGUAGCACUGCUUACGGCUUGCGCUACUGGUUACAGUACCGCAAAGAGGAACAAGAAUGGCAGAAUGUCUCCCUGGAAAGCAUCAAAUCGGACACACAGUAUGUCCUGUCGGCGCUUGACCCUUACACCACCUACUUUGUGCAGGUCAGCUGUGCCUAUGAUGUCUUGGUAGAACAUUACCCUGGGAAUCCCUUUGGGACCUGGUCCGAGCCAAUUGAAGUGGUCACCAUGGCAGAAGAACCUGCUGCAACCAUGAGCACACUGAAAGUAAACACCGUCACACCUGAUGACCCUAUCUAUACCAGAAAUAUCCUACUAGAAUGGGAGGCGCUACCUGAGAUUGAAUACAGAGGCCCAAACUUUGGCUACAACAUAUCAGUGCACGAUGAGGAUGACAGAGUAGUCCAAAACAUGGUGACCACCAAUGAUGUAAUACAUAUCGAAGGUCUUGAUAAGUUUGUGAGGUUAACCGUGUAUGUGACUCCUUACAACGAUGUCGGCCCGGGGGUCAACAGGGGUCAAACGACCCUUCGAGAUGAAACAGCAGCUCCUCGCCAACCAGACAACAUGAGGGUAGUGACGAGACGGGCCGAUUCACUCCAAGUCGCGUGGGAUCCUCCAAGCGAAAUCACAGGCCACAUCCUAAGAUACCAGCUGGAGUGGUUCCAAGAUGAUACUGAAGGCCGUAUUGGACUGGGGAGUGCAGAAGUCUCUCCGACAGAAUUCAGCCAUGAGAUAACAGAUCUCGAGGCUUAUACAUCAUACCGCGUAUCAGUCAAGACUGUUAACAAACUUGGGGAUAGUCCCGAAGACAGUAUCCGUGUCAAGACAGCCCAAUCGGGUCCAUCUGGUUCACCCCGGUCUCUACAGGUCAGUCCGGUAGGGACCCACCCUGAUCAGCUGCUGGUCGUAUGGGAGGAGGUGCUGGCCGACCAACGGAACGGAGAGAUUCUAUUCUACACCAUCUUCUACUGCCCUCUAGACCCUGCUCAGGAACAGGAUUCUCCCAUUACCGUUUCUCUGGCUACAGACUCCCAUUGCGCUGAUGGAACACAGCAGGCACUCAAUGUUACGGGGAAUCCCCUUCCACUCAGAGAAACCCUGAUGGACCUGAAGCCCUUUACAGAGUAUGUGGUGAGGAUCGCUGCGUCCACCUCUGCAGGCCAGGGACCUAUCUCAAGCCUCAAGAAGGCAGAGACCGUUCAAGGACAGCCAAGCGAGCCUCGUAACCUUGUUCGGACCUUCUCAAAUGACAGCACGAUCCAACUAGUCUGGGAAGCACCAGAGCAGAUGAACGGAGUCUUCAAGAACUACGUCAUCGAAUACAACAGUGAGGAACAGAUCUCCGAUGUCGAGUCGGCCACCCUGGAGGUGAAUGGAUACUUGCAUUACACCAUUCGAGUUCGUGCAUGCAGCCAAGCUGUUCCCGAUCUUGCCUGCGGUCAGGCUGCUGUUACAUACGUCACGACAGAUAUUGGUGCUCCUUUAAUGGUGACCGAUGUUGAGAUUUAUCUGGAAGCACAAGACACCGUGAAGCUAACGUGGGGGAGACCCGCUGUACCCAACGGCCCUAUCGACUACUACAUGGUGCGCUACCGACCCGCAGACAGCGAGCUCGAAUGGCAGGAGACCCUACCAGUCCAGAUGACCUCCACUGAUGUGCCUAUUGACUGCGACCUGGUGGAUGGAGCAACCUUUUUCAACUUUGAGGUGUUUGCAGUGAACGAGGUUGAUAGUAUCCCCUUGGCUGGAAUGAUGUCUCUUGCUCACCCUUUUGAAGUCUGUAAUUUGCAUGAAGUGCCUGUAGUCACCAUUGUACUAGCCAUUCUUCUGCCAAGUUUUGUUGUGAUCGCUGCCUUCUGUUUCUUGAUCUGGGUGAAGCAGUCAGACCUCUUCAAGCCAGCUCCUGAUCCAUACUUCAUUGAAGCAGUACUCGAUCACGGUCAGGAUAAGUUCCCUAUGCACGGUCGUCUUCUGCGUACCGAGGGGGAGAAGUUUGACACUGUUCGACAGGCCAGUUCCACCACCAAUCUUCUGCAGCCUCCUUAUGACCGAUUGUCCUCCAAAGAGAGUACCAGUACAAACAGCAGCACUGACCAAGGGAUCCAUGACAUGAAUGGGUUCACUGAUGAGCUGCGUUAUGUUCGAGAGAACACGGGCAGCCGCAGUAACAGUGAGAGCGAUGAGGAGCGGGCUUCUGGACCUGCCAAGCAUAUGAUGCGCAUCAUGAGCGAUGACUAUGAAGAGGAGGAUACUGUCUUUGGGGCUGACUCUGAUGGCUCAGUGACGUAUUCCCGCAUCGCUGAGGCUGAUGGUGCGGAUUGCUCCACCCCUAUGUUAUCCAAAGAAUCAGCACAGUAUGUGAGUGACGGAAGUGAAGGAUAUUCCCAGCUGUCGCAGGUCCCUCUGCAGGCGAGUGCCACACCACCAGUGCCAAUCAGAGGUCUUGCUGACCAGAGGAGUGAGGCUUCAUUUGGCAGUCAGUCAACGGUCAGCUAUCAUCGACUUGGAAUGAGUGGACUGACUCCAAUCACCAGCGUAGAAACACUGCCAUCAGAAGACCCUUUGGCGUAUGCCCGUUUGUCUCAAGGUUCUGAGACGGACAUUGAAUACUCUCAGUUGGCAGCUGCCUCUAGUAACCAAUCCCUGACAGAAGCUAGAGGUGUGAGGGCACCAGCCCAGACUGAACAGAGGGAAGAUAGCAACACCCAGGAAAGCAAAGGGGUGGCAAUGAGUUUGCCAAGUGUUUCAGCAGCUGGUUGCAUCCAACCUCCCCAGGAGUUCAUCGUAGCCACAGCCCUCUCACCUGGAAACCAUCCUCACCCGGUCUCCAAGACAGAUUUAUCAGGAUACGUCACCUCGCCUCCAGCUACAAAACCACCCCCGCCUGUCAAGCACAUGAGCCCCGACAUGCCUAAGAAAGACCUGAAAGGCAGUCGCAAGAAUCUGGCAGACUCCAAGUCGCAGAGUGGGAGUGAUUCGUCUUUGACUGAUGGAGAAGGUUACAGCACCCUCGGCUUAGCAGACUCGCCUUCAAGCUCUGCCCCACAUCACCAGCCGCAGAAGGUGGAUGCGCCUUGCACAAAGCCAUCCAUCUCGACCCCAGAGCCACAUAUGCCAGUGGAUACUGGGUAUGUCCCCAAGGAUAUGGUCGUUUCACAAGCACCUCCAGUCGCUCCACAAGCUCAAGCAGUUCCUCAACAGAAUACACCCGUCAAGAACCCAUCAGGCUACAUCACAGAAUCAGAGUUACAAUCUCUCCCUCAAAAUCAACCAAGUUUAGCGGAUCCGAAAAGCGAUAGCAUAAAUGGUUUGCCAGCGAGCAUACCAAGCCCUAUCAAGCACAUACCCAACGGACUCCCCAAUGUGAGAGAAAACGGGUAUGUUUCUAAGCAUGAUAUGCUGCCACCACAAAAAACUGCCGGUCAAACGAUGACCAACCAUAAUACAGCCAAUCCAUAUAUCACGCCUGAACAAAUGGCGCAAAUUCCGCCCAGCACCCCGUCGCCGCCACCUUCGCCGCCGCUCAACAACAAUCACCCGUUGCCGCCUGGCAAGGAAUUCCGUCCCGACGACCCCUACGUGGGAAUCGGGACAGACCGUAAUAUAGCUGCACUGCCUGCUAAUCAUUCAAGUGAUUUCGCUGUAUGUUAGUUGCUGCAUGUUUGACUUUGUAUAGUGUGUAUCAUGAUGAUAUUCAAUUUAAACUGUGUUCACCUCUGUGUAUAACUGAAUGAUACCAUGAAAAGGAUUCAUGCCUGAGGAAAGUCUUAGCGAUGGAAAAGGAAUGAAGGAUCAAUUGCUGUUUGUUUGGUGUUAUCUACCUCUCUUCAAAGAAUUUUUUUCUUGAUAUUUUUAUUUCUGAUUCAAUGUUUUAUUUUGGACGAUGGAACAGUUGGCCUUAGAUGUUCGGUCCUUAAAUCACUUCCAGUGUGAUUAAACAAUAUAACAUCAAGUUGCUUUGCAGGGCAGAAGGACGAUGAUCUGUGAGCGCUGGACAACAUUAUCAGUGAUGUCCUCUAAAGCAUGUGACUGCCAUUUGAAGGACAGUAAUGAUCAGCAUUAGAAAAGAUGAUUUAAAGAUAGGCAAUGGUGUUGUGCAUUGAAUCGUGAGCGUGAACAAAAUGAAGCAAACACUUUGGGCAAUGUAAGCAAUUUGUGGUCACAUUUUUAUGAACAGGUACAACCACAGGUAGUUAGCUGCACAUGUGGGUGUGUGCCCUCCAAGAAUCAAAGGACAGUUUCUAUGGGUGCACUUAUUAAGAGAGGUAUGUCAAUAGACAAGAUGUGCUGGCUGAGUUGGACGUAGUCUUUUGGGGAAUGCAGUGACAGUAAGGUUUCUUUGACUAAAUACCCCUCGACUCACAGAGGACAAUCUAUCGUGCAAAACAAGCUCUUUUCUCCCCUUCUUCAGUGAAUUCAUUCUUGUCAGUAUGUAACAACGUUACCAGUAAACAAGGGCCAAAUUAUCAAGACUCGUCUUAGAAUCCCUUACAGCUCAGAGACCUCUCUUUGUUGCCAAAUGUGAAACGGAAGCUUGCGGAGUGGGAAAAACGAGGGCUAGACGCUCCGGGAUUUCUUGGUAUGUAAAUAUUGUGUAGUUAAUAAAAAAAAACAUGGAGAUGUCUUCACUUUCCAGCUCAUGAAAUGGGCUCUAUUUUUAUGAUUUGUUUUCUCGACCUUAAAUGGCAAAAAGACGUCGAGUGACGUUUGAUGUGUGUGUGUAUUUUUCAAACCUUAAAAUAUUAUGAUACUUUCAACAUGUUGUCAUGAUCAACCGCAGUUCAUAUUGUAGUUUUAAAGUUUGAUUUUGGUAUUCACCCAUGAAUUGUUAUCAAACAAAUUGCUAUCAGUGGAACUACACAGUUGCACUUAUCACCAUAUAACAUAAGCACGUUCAUCCAUUCCCUUUUUUCAAAAACAGAGGAAACAAAUGGAGAUUAUCUUGUGAUAUUGACAAGAUUGGUGCAGAAGCUAUUUUCCUGAUAAAUGAUUUCUACAAAAUGCAUACAAUUCAAAUAGCUGUUUCCGUAUGUGGAGCUCACACAGAUGUUUAUCACAAUUUAAUGUUUUUACAAGGAGUCAGGUUACCAUGUUUUCCUCAUGCAUAAUAUAAAGCAAAAGAAAUGUUCAACUCCAAUGUUCACCCCUUCACACAAAUUGGUAUUGUAUACUUGUAUCAUUAGUAAUUAUUUUGCAGUUCCCUCAGCUAUGGAAGAUAAAAGGAAGACUUUAUCAUGAUGGCCUUCUAAUCUCAGUAUUUAUGACUGAUCAAAACUUGCGUAUGAUGUACCAUUACACAUGGUUUUAACCCUUCACCUAAAUUGUACUAUUUCACUUUCGAAAAAUAGAUAUUGCAAAAUCUGUUUAAAAGGGUUUUGGGAGCAAGAGUGUAUGGAUAGCGACAAUGUCAUUAAAAUCCUUUAAUAUUACCCAUCGGUGAAACUAUUGAUGUAUUGAUGAAGAAUUACAUGUAUGAAGGCCAGCAGUCGCCACCAUCAAACUACCUGAUAUUUUUUUAUGUGAAACAAAUUUUUAUCAGGUUUGAAAACAAAUCAGCAUUGCAUGCAUGAGAAUGUAGCUCUUUAUCUUGUAAAUAAAUGUACAGUGACUAGUUUUUUAUGUCGUUUUUGCAAGCGUGUGUACAAAUGCGAGUACGCCAUGAAAUUUGUGUAGGAAACAGUGCAAACAGUAGUUCAUAUAUGCUUUUUUUAGUGCUCUUUACCUUAUUUAUGUUGCACGUUAUUAUUUGUCAUUGUUUAAAGGACACAAGUUGUUUGUGAAUGGUCAUGUUAUAUCAGUUAUCAGCCAUGUCUAGUUAACGUCACAAUUGUGUUUUAAUGCUCGUAUGAAAAUCUUAGGGAUCUGUUUUUGAAAAUGUUUAUUUGUGAAUUUUUGAGAAACCAUUAACAGUAUUAUUGGUUGAAUGAUUUUAAAUGUGUCAACUUUUCAUGAAGAAUUAAGUGGAUUUAAUUCUCAAGUUUUAAUCAUGUCGAUGGCAUCAAACAUCUAAUCUUUCUUUUACAUUUACAUGUGUCCUCUUUAAUACCGUUCUUAUAUUUUGGGGAUUUCACUCUGUAAAAAGCAGCCAAAGGAUUGUUUAAUGACAAUGACCUUUCAAUACGUAAAUUGCUGUUGUUUGUCUUCUCUACUAUCGGUAUCAACCUGACUUUUAUUUUCUAUUUAGUAUCUAAUUAUUCCUUGCAAUAGGGUUGUCAGUUUUUAAGCUAUGUGUGCUCAAAUAUGGAGAGGUUGGAAAAAGAGAGAUUUUUACUUCUCAAUCUUUUGAAUUGUUUUUGGAUGGGCCAGUGAAGGAAUAUUGGUGUAAACAAGACAACAGUGUUACUCUACAUCCUGAAUAGGGUUGUUGCAAGGGUGUUUCACACCACUCUUAAACUUUGGGAGAUGAAGCAUGUUGCAGUUCACCAUACACAUGCUGAUCUUUGCUUCUUUUUUUAAAUUGAUGAAUUUUUAUCCCCCAACGCCUGAAUGAAAUGCUUGAGAUUUUUAAUAAAGACUGAGAAAAUAUGAAAGGAAUCUUUAAUUUGUUUGCAUCGCAACAAUGUUUAUAGAUCUGUAAGGCCUGUGAUUUUGAUAUCAAUAGAUAAAACCUGUCUAUAAAGGCCGCACAUCGGAAAUACAUGCAGUCACUUGGUAUAAUGGCAUGUGAGAUGGGCUGUGUGGAUGAAAGGUACUACCGGUAUUUCUGAAAAAAUUGCCUGUUUAAUGGAAAGAAACACCUUUACUUCAAAUUAUCUUAUUGAUUAUGCAUUGGUUACAAACGAUUUGGUUCACAAUAAUUGAGUUCUACCCACUGUACUUGUACUUAAGUCCAUUGUGGACACUAUUCAUGUAUCUACAAGCCCCGUUCACACAGGCAGGCCACAAUAAUCUCUCUUCUUAAAAGGGCAGCACUAAAACAGAAUGACGUAAUUAAAGAUAAAGUUGAGUUCUGGUCAUGUAAUUGCAUUGUGAAAGAAACGGUGUGGAAUCUAUCAGAAAAGGUGGAUCAUCUAGUAUAUAAGUAUUCGUGUGUAGUGCAAGGUUCGGGAAUCAUCAAAAUGAUAAGAAAUUUGACCAAAUCUUUGCAAAGUUGCAGGCACUGGACACAUAAUGAUGUAUAUGGGACUACUCGAGCACAUGGC